AUGCUCAACUUUGAAGAUGCUUAUGGGAAACUUUCAUUGUGUCUUCGGUUGAAGCCUUCUGAUGUGGCAACAAGGCUGAAACUGGAUUGUGCAUUGGCCCUUGCCUGUCGGCGCGAACUUUGCUGCCUUUCUGAGGGCAUCUCAUGGGACGACCUUGCUGAUGCAGGUAAACUAUUGAAAGAGCGAUUGGAACAUUAUGGCUACACAGCUGCGAACCUGCCUCAGGCUGCUGGUGUCCCUUCUGUGCUCCACCUGGUCUCAAACAGAGCUGAUGCACUGGAAGCAACGCUAAAGGAGAAGGCCGACAUGCCCUUGAAAGAGCUGAUCCGGCUCUUCCUCUUACGACGUGUUUUGCCUUUGGAGCAGAGCAUUGAGUUGCUGGGUGCCGUGGUGAUCUCAACCCUGCUCCGUCUACGAGCUCUUUGUUGCCUUGAAAGCGACUUUCAUCUAGUCAAUCCGGAAGACGCUGUCAAAGUCAUCGAAGAAUUGGAGGGAAAGACAGGUGAAAAACGAGGUUUCAAGAUCUUCUCGGCAGUGGCCUGGUGGCCAGUGGAAGAUUUGCUGAUUGCAACGGAUUAUGGAGACACACAGCAUGCUGCAGGCGAAUUUGAACCAGUAAUGUAUUUGUCCUUGGACUCGUACGCUCUCAUUUCUGCUUGUCCACGUGAUGCCGUGGAAAACGUUCUGGAUAUGUGCUGCGGGAGUGGCGUCCAGGGCCUUGUGGCAUUGCGCCACUAUGCCAGACAGGCAACGUUUCUGGACGUGAACCCACGCGCUCUAGCGUUCAGCCGCUUCAAUGCUGCUCUCAAUGGCCUUCAUGAGCGAUGCAGCUUUGUGGAAGGAAGCGUCCAUGAGGAUUUCUUGCGUCACAUGGGGGCGAAGAAGUUUGAGGUUAUCCUAGCAAACCCUCCUUUCGUGCCGAACCCGGAUGGAACAGCUUCUGCUGCAGGGCCACUCUACUCUGGAGGGGGUCAUGAUGGUGAGGAGGUGCACAAGAUAUCGCUGCAGAAGGGCUUGACGCUGCUGGCAGCUGGAGGGCGGUUUUGCAGCGUGGCAGAGGUGCCAAACCCAGAGAGCUUCCCAGAGCGUGUGAAGGAAUGGGUCUACCAGGCUGGGCAACCGACAGGGUCCAUUCAGAUUUUCACCGGCAAGACCAUAGCCGCGGAAGAGUAUUGGAAAGCAGCCACUCAGGAGCGGUCAGCACUGGAAUGGAAUCGCUAUUUGAGUGGUUUGCGGCGCCUGGGGGUGAGCAGAGUUGCAGAGGCUCUGGUCUUCCUACUCCAGGAUGGCUCUCCGCUCAGCGUGGAUGUCAUCACUCGCUCCGCACUCUGGCAAGACAGUGAGUAUUUGCAAACCCACGUCGCUCACUGCAUGGCCUCGUGA